AUGCCAGUUUCGAGUUUCAAGUUUGGCGCUGGGCGAGCGGGGGUGGGUGGCGCACCCGGAUUGGGGAGAGCAGGAUCGAAUUGGGAAGGAGGUAGUAGGUACAGUAGAGGAGCAGUGUUUCUUGGAUCCCAAAGCUGGUUGGGUCGUGCGGGCGGACUUGGGGGUUGGGGGCCAGACCAGACCAGACCCGGUACGGUACAAUACGGCAGUUGCAGUGCUGCAGCGUUGCAGCGAUGCAGCGUUGCAGCGAUGCAGCGUUGCAGUGUUGCAGUACCAAGAUCGGCCGCCGCUACUCUAUUCGAGCUCGGUCCUCUGGACGUACUACUACGUACUACGUACUACGUACCUACUACACUACGUACUAUACGCACUGACUGUCCGGAGUGGGACAGCGCAACCGGUGCCGAAGGCCCGUGGCCGACCAGGAUGCCCCACGGAUGGGACCCCCGCAAUCCAGCAACGGGAGAGCGUCCCCAAGCGCUGGGACUUGGUCUGAGACAUUUGGCCUCCCCUCCGGCGCCCCGCGUUGCCGUUGCGGGCAUCGUCAUGGCCCCCAGCGAGGACAUGAUCGACAUGGCGCUCCAGUUGCCAGGAAUCGCUACUAUUUCCACUUCUCGCCCGGAGAUGCCAGGUACGCAUCUGCACUACCCGUCAACCCGUCAACCCGUGAGAGCUGCAUUGCCUGAAAAGAGGGAACUUGCACCUGCUCUAAGAUGGAAGGUGGGAGGUGUACAGAGUACGGUAGUCGUGACUCCGCCUCGCCUCCCGACGCCUCUUAGGUACCAAUAUACGUAUUCAGCCGGAGGAUGCCUCGAAAGUUUAAAUCUCCAUCUCCACUUUCAAGCCCCUGGUUACCCUCCUGUGACGUUGUACGUCGUAGAUUUCAGAAUUUCCCGUCUGAAUGCCAGGAACGAAGAGAACAUGGAUAUGGACAUGGACAUGGACAUGGACAUGGACAUGAACAUGAACACGAACUCGAACUUGAACACGAACAUGAACAUGAACAUGAACAUGCUCGCUGCAGACAGGUCGAGCGUUCAGGAUAUGGCUACCCAUACUAGAUGCCGGAUGCCGGACGCGCUGUCCGUAUCGCCGGUGCACCGACCGACCUUCAGAGCAGAACGUGGGCCCAUCACCCGCACGCGGACCUUCGAGAAGGAAUCUGCAGGACGAUCAGAGGAUCCCACCGGCACCGGGCAGUAA